AUUCGGAAGAGGGGAGAGGGGGAUCGCGUGAACAUAUUCGAGUGCGAAACGCUCAGCAAACAGUCCUGUCCAGUAUAUAUAUAUAUAUAUAUAUAUAUACAUAUACCAAAUACAGUCUCGCAUACACUCUACACACAGCUUCCCGCCGCAAAUGCCAAUGCAAAGUGUGCAGCAAGCCUUCCCUUUGGAGGUGAUAUUUUAAACACACACACACACACACACCCACACACACAGCGAGGACUCGCAACCAAUGCCGCCACCGUGAAACUCUACAUUACAGGAGAUUAUGAACUUGAUACAAUCUACAAAAACAAAACUAAACUAAAUCGAGUGAUCGACCAGUUCCAUCCAGAGCGUUUCCUUCUCCAAUUUUUCUAAACAACAAACCUUCGGCAAAGGGGGGUGAAGAAUUUUUCCAACCCCCCCUAUUGAAUUUUGUUUGGGUUUUUGCUUCAUUGGUAUCAUACCAUUGUCGGGAUCGGUUCCCGUUUACCGUCUAUCAUAUGCAAAUCUCUCACAUCACCAAACACACAGCGGUGUGAAUCCUUUUCUUUCCCGGGCACGGCAGCUUACUGUUAUUGUUGCCACCAUUUCUAAAGUUUUCUAACUAUUCCAAGCGCUUCUCGGCAUAUUCGGAGGCGUUUCGUACAGUACGAGUGAAAUUAACAAUCGACACACUAAUCGAUCGACAAUUAGGCUGAAAAACCUCAAAACCCGUAUACUAACCCUCAACAAGCGAACAAUAUUUUCGAUUACAUAGGACAAUCAAGUUAUUCAUUUUCGUGCGCAGCAAAAAACAAAAAAAAACUGAGAAGCAUAUUUAUAACCUUAUCGGUCACGCGAAACAGCGAAAAAUUCCUCCACCUUCGGUUCGGUUGUACGUGGAAGAGUCCAUGUUAUUCCUGCACAUCCUACACAACUUACGACCGCUGGACGCGAUAGGAAAUCAUCUACCACAUUGCACGGCCUUUAACAUGUAAGUCCGAUCAAGCGGGAUGGGAAUAAAAACGUCGCAUAACAGAGAACUUAAUCUAUAGCUUACAAUCGAAAGCAAUACAAUCUUAUCACGUACACUCUACACCCAAUUUUCUAUAGCCAUUCAUCACAGCAAAGCAACAACAAACAAACAAACUCAAUCGAAAUUAGUAAGCAAGUGUACAAAACCAAAGCACACAAUUUUACUGUUUUCCAGUCUUAAUCCGCGAUGCACUCGGGCAGUCGAUGCAAAAACGCUUGCUAAACGAGUUAGAGAGCUAGCGUCAACCACACAAACUCAACUUACCCUUUCUGACUUUUGACUAAUAUUAGCCAUUAACUAUUCGGUGCGAACGAAAGGAAAGCGAUGCUGCGUAGGGAAUCGUGUCGCGCUGUAGAUCGGCUUUGCUAUACAAACGCAAUUUUAGGAUACCGUUGCGUGCUUGUGUUUUCUUCGAUUAAAGCCAAGAACGAACGUUACGUACCGCCUAUUAUACCUUACAUAAAUGUUCUUUCAGGCUAAUGCGAUGUUGCUGUGUACGUUUUGCGUAGUAGCCAAGCUAAAAAAAAAACAAAUCGGAAUACUAAUAUGAUAAACAAACAAACAAAACGAAAGCACAUAGUACUUAUAAAAGAGAAUACGAAGGGGAAAGUUAAAGAAGAAAACACAUAACACACACAAGCACACACACUGUUUCAUUAAAAUAAAAACGUAUAACUAACGCUCAAAACGAAGCGUGCUGCAAUAUGCUUGCCUAACAUUAGCAUUAACAGUCCAUAAUAAUGCAUAACAACCCGAAAAAAGAAACACAAAAAAACGCAUUACUUUAACUGAGCAAAAUCGCACAUCGAAACAAAAAAAAAAGGUGGAAAACAAAUUGAACAAAUACAAACAACAACAACAUAACACGCGUAUUCAGAAUUGCAACGGACGCUUACUGCACAGCAGAAAGUUGAACGUUUGUUUCAUCUACAUCACUACUCACUUACAAAACAUUGAAGGAAAAAAAACAAGAAAAAAAAAUACACACACACUCAUACAACAAAACAAACGUAAUUAUUAUAAAUAAGAAAAUGGCUUAUAUCUGUGAUUUAAAUAAAUGAAAAUUAAUACACAUACACACGCGCAAACAUAAGGAGACAGGAUGAAAAAUGCUAGAAAAA